AUGAGUUUGUAUUUAAAAAAGACUUUAUUUAAAAAUUAUAGUACUACUUCAAAUUCAUUAUCAGAAUUUUCAUUAGAUAGUUAUAACGAUAAAAAUAAUUCAUAUAAUAACAAAAUAUCGUAUAGUGAUAAUGAACAGAUAGGAUUGAACUAUUAUAAUAAUAAAUGGAAUAAUAUCUUUAAAAAAAUAAAAAAGAACUAUAAGCAAACAACUUUUUAUGAAACAAAUGAAGGUAGAAUUAAAAAAUGCAAUUCUACAAGAAAAAAUGAAUACAAAAAAAAGUCUAAUAUUAUUGAAAAUAAUCAUUAUUUUAAUGAUACAUAUACUAUUUUUAAUUAUGAUUAUAUAAAAGUUAUUAGAAAUAUAAAAAAAAUGAAAAAAGAAAAUAAUAAUAAUAAUAAUAAUAAUAAUAAUAAUAAUAUGAAAGAAAGCAACAUAGCUAAUGAGAUAUUUUAUUCUAAUAGUGAAAAAGAAAAAAUUGAUAUAUUAAAUAAUAUUAAAAACGAAAAAAUUAUCCAAUUUAAUCCAUUUAUGACACAUAUAGAAAGUGAAUAUACUUUGUAUUCUAAAAAAUAUAAAAAAAUAAAUAUUAUCUACAUAAAAGAAUAUAAUAAAAAAAAAAAAAAAUUUCUUCUAAAAAAAAAAAUUAAAAAAAUUUAUAAAUUUCCAAAAGAAAUUAUUUUUUGUCCAUUUUUUAAUAGUUUUAUAAGUUAUGAAAAUGUAAUAAAAUUAGAAAAUUACAUAACUAAAAACUUAUAUCACGAAAACAUUAUUAAAAUGCAAUCAUAUUUUUAUUUUAAUGAUGAAAUUAUCACUUUUUACGAAUAUGGGGGUAUUUCACUUAUGAAGUGGCAUAAAAAAAAAAAAAUUUUUCAAUUACAGGAAUCUUUAUAUCAAAAUGUAAAAAGAAAAAUAAGUAAUUCAAAUAAUAGUAAAAAGGAGAAAAAAAGAAUAAAAUGUGAAAAUGAAAUUACAGAAGAUACAAAAUCAUUAAGACAAGAAAACUUUUCUUUUGAUUAUGAACAUUAUAAUAAAAUAAUUUUUAUGAAAAAAAAAAAAUCCAUAUUAAAUGAAAUAUUUCUUUAUAAAAGAAAAAUAAAAAUAACGAAAAAAAAAAAAAACAAACAAAUUUAUGUAUAUCCUGAGUAUUUAAUAGCAGAAAUAUUAAGGCAACUAUUAAAAGUUUGUCUUUUUUUGUAUCAACGAAAAAUAUAUUAUAGUGAUAUUAAACCAUCAAAUAUAGUAACAAAGAAUAUAAAAAAGAAAAAUCUAAAUGCAAUACAAUUUUGUAAGAAAACUAAUAAAUGGUGUAUAAAAAAAAAAGGAAAAAUCAUAAAAAAAAAACUGUUUAUCAAACUAAUAGACUUUGAAUUCUUGCAAAAAAUUUAUGAAGAAAAAGCAAAUACUGGUGGAACAACUUCUUUAUUCAAACCAUUAGAAGAUUUUCAAAAAAUGAAAAUUUUUGUUUCUUCAAAAAUUGUUUGGCUUAUAGGGAUAACAAUUUUUAUUUUAUCAACAGGUAAGCAUCCUUUUAGUACAAUUAACAAUGAUAUGCAUAUUUUUUACACAAUUCAAAACAGAAAGUUUAAUUUAAAUAGACAGUUUAUGCAUUACAAUUAUUUCUCAGAUUCUUUUAAAGAUUUACUUAAAAAAAUGUUAGAAAUUAAUUUUAAAAAAAGAAUUUCUUUUUUUGAUUUAUUUUUUCACCCAUUUGUGCUUUUCGGAUAA